AUGACUACGAAAAUACAGCCAUUCUACGUCUUCGCCAUUCUGGUGCUCGCUGCUGGCGGCAUANNCCCAAAGGGAGGCUUCAGCGCUAGCGUCACCCUGCCUUCCUUCAAGCAGGAUUACAAUCUCGUCAAGGCGCACUGGAAGCAUGAUCCGACUGGCCUUGCCAACCGAACUGCAAACAUCACAUCGUUCGGAGUGCUUGGUGCUGCUUUUGGAGCCUUGAUCGCCUUCUUCGGCAACGACAAGCUCGGAAGACUGUGGUCUUUCCGAUGUUCGAUCCUAGUAUGGGCAGCCGGGUUGCUCAUGCAAGUGUUUUCCUCUGGUAUCUUUGGCUUCCUUCUAUUCUCAAGGAUAUUCAGUGGAUUGGGAGCCGGUGCCUUGACUGUCGUCUCACCACUCUUCCUGUCUGAGAUUGCACCAGCAAAAACGCGAGGCAUGACCGUCAGUAUCUACAUGGUUAUGCUGUUGUCGUUCCUUUCCCUCGGCUUCUUCGUCAACUACGGUGCCAACAUUCACUUGGCCGCUACCAGAAUGCAGUACCGUGUCGUUCAAUCAAUUCCUCUGAUUCCGGUCGGUCUUGCCUUCAUUGGCUCAUUCUUCAUGCCUGACAGCCCGCGUUGGCUCGCCUCGAAGGGAAGACACGAAGAAUCUGUAGCAGCUCUCGCACGUCUGAGAGGCAUGGAUGUCAACAACCCAGAGCUACUGGCAGAGCACGCUGGUAUCGAGAUGGAUAGCGCCACAAUUGCGGAAUUAAAGAACGCUUCUCUGAAGUCUAUUGCCUUUGAAGUUUCCAGCAGUCCAACACUUCGCAGCCGCUUUCUGCUUGCUUUGGCAAUGCAGACGAUCGCGCAGUGGACUGGCGGUAAUGGAAUCACCUACUACAUUUCGGAUAUCUUCCAAUACGCAGGAAUCUCAGGAUCGAACACGUCGCUGAUCACAUCAGGAGCUUAUGGUCUCGUCAAGUUAUUGUUCACCAUGAUCUUCGCAUGGGGUCUUAUCGAUCUGCUUGGUCGUAGACGAUGCUUCAUGACAGGCUUGUCUCUGCAAUGUGCCACGCACAUUUACAUGGCCAUCUACUUUGGAGCCAUCCCAGACAACAACCAGUCGGCGUCUAAUGCAGCAGUAGCAAGUGUGUUCAUCUACGCCAUCGGGUGGUCGGUCGGGCUCUGCACGAUUCCGUACAUCUACGGCACUGAGUUGUUCCCCACAAGAGUUCGUUCGCUAUGUUAUGCGGUAGUAAUGGCGGCACAUUGGUUCUUCCAAUUCGCAGUGGUGCGUGUCACCCCACUCAUGUUGACAUCUCUUGACAAGUGNGGGGCAUACACAUUCUGGGCUUGCAUCUGCGCUAGCGGACUUGUUAUUCUUGGCUUAUGGGCGCCUGAAACCAAGGGUAUUCCGAUGGAGCGCAUGGAUGAGCUGUUCCACAGACCUUGGUACAAGUGUGGAUCAGCAAAGGUGUCGAUGGAGAGCUUUGAUGAUUCAUUUCAUGACGGAGACGAGAAAGCAGUAGCGUCGCACACUGAGAAGGCUGUGUAG